AUGGGCGAAGUGGAACGACCGCGUUCUUUGUCGAGGAUAACAGUGGAUAGUGAUGCGGAGUACUUGGAUGCCUACGAUCACGUCACUUAGUACGCACGACGAUUGAGGAACCGAGCUCAAAGACCUGUUUUCAGCAGCAAUUCGUUGGAACUGUUGGAUACGAUCGCAGAGACUCAGAUCACACUGAACUUGUUCAUGAACAAUAAGUUCGAGUUGGCGGAGGAAAGGAUGGCGGAACUGUGAGUUCGCAUUCCGUUCCAUUCGCACCCGUCACUCAUUCUUCAGCUACGAUAAGAGUAUGUACCACUCGAUGGGCUACACGUGCAUCCUUUUUAUCAAAGCAGUCAUGACUGUGAACAAGCAAGACAUGGAAAAGGCGGCGGAAGCGUGCAAGAUGUCGUGCGAGGUUAUCGAAAAGUUCCGGGAACGACGGACGAUCCGAGAGACACUGUUCGGGGCGAGUGCGAAGGGAAAGAAAAUCAGCGACGCGGAGCUGCAUGCGGAACUGUGUUACGCCCAGAUUCUUCUUAUCAGAGCCAUUCUCACCUUCUUCCAUGAUGACAACUUUGCCAGUUUCAUAAAAGGAGCACUCAAUAUCAGAACGUGCUAUCAGACGUACCGAUAUUGUGAAAAGUUGAUGAACGAGCCGAGUGUAUGGGUGGGAAGGAACAAAAAAGUGCAAGAGCAGUUCGAGAGCGGAACGAGAAUGGGAUUGGGCACAUUCUCACUCAUGCUCUCGAUCCUGCCCUCGAAAGUGCUGCGGCUUCUGGAAGUCGUCGGUUUCUCCGGGGAUAAGGUGGCCGGCAUGAGGGAUCUGCACCACGUGGCAUCGAUGACGGGAACUCUGUGCUCUCCACUCGCCAAAAUGAUCUUGCUGACAUGGCAUCUGAUAGGUGAUUUCGUACUCAAAGAUCUCAUUAGAAUUCUUAUUUUUAGCAUGUUUUGUUCUGGGGACUGGAAAACCGGACGUAGACGUUUGCAAACAAAUCAUGCCUGGACUGCUCCAUCUCUGGCCCCGCGGAGCCAUCAUGUUGUUCAUGAGGGCCCGGCUUCUUCUCAUAUCCGGAGACAUUGAAAAUGCCAUACACUACUUCAACUUGUCCAUCGAAUCACAAAAUGUCUAUAAGCAAUUCCAUCACGGAUGUUACUGGGAACUAUUGUGAGUCAUGACUUCUUCUCUGAUAUCAGCAGCAGAAUCAGAAAUCACAUUAUAUUUCAGGUUUGCACAUGGAUAUCAACGUCGAUGGUCUCAUUCUGCAAACUAUGCACGCCUUCUGAUGAAAGAGUCGAAAUGGAGCAGAUGCGUAUACACAUAUCUUCUAUGUAUCUUCUUCGCCGCCGACGAAACUGUCGAUGAAGCGAAGAGGAACGAGACGAUCGGAGCGCUAGCAGGAAAAGUAGACGGACUGAGGAUGAGAAUAGCCGGAAAGUCGAUUCCUGUGGAGAAGUAUUGCGGAAGGAAGGCCAAACGAUUCGAGGCCACGCAGUCUCUUCUUUUUGCCCACUACGAGUUCAUCUACUUCUGGAAUGGAUUCGACAUCUUCGGGAAGAACCCAAAGAUGGUUAGAGCAGUAUUGGAAGACAUGGACAGGGUAUGGGAGAUGCGGAAGGCUGGAAGCGACCUCGACGACUACUGCCUUUAUUAUUUCCUCAAAGGGUUUCCCUCCGACAUCUCCAGUUCAACGCCCAGGCGGAAGAGUGCUUCAAAAUCGUCUUAGAAAAGUAGAGAGGUUGCGCUUAGGCAGCUGCAAUUAGCAUAUUUGCAGGGAGUCGAGCCUCAAGAGCUUCACAUAUCUGCCGCCCAACGCCACGUUUGAGCUGGCACUGCUACGCAUAUCUGAGCAGCAGUAUAUCGAGGCGCAGACGCUGCUCGACAAGGCCCGCGCCUACAAGUCAUACUCUCUGGAGAACAAACUUCAUUUCCGUAUACACAGUGCUAUGGGCACGAUGGGGUGCCGGACACCGAUGAUGUAGACGUUAAUUGAUUGAUUGUAGUUAUCUAUGGUUAAUGCAUAUUUGUAUAAAGAACUUUCCGAUUUGUUGAUAUUAACCUUUUAUCAGGGACAUAUUUCACAAUGUUUUGUUUAUUCUCGGUCCACGCUCUUCCUCUUCUGCCCCGCCGAUCGAUUGCUCGUGCUCCACCUCUCGCUCCUUUAUUUCGUUGCAUAAUUGGCAUCGCCUAUCUGACUCAUGCGCAUCUCCUUCUCUCUCUCUUUUUGCGCAUUCUGCAUGCACCCACCAAGAAAGGACGUCCAUAUUUUUUAUGUUCUCUGACGGCUGCGCGCAGUGCACAGCCUCACCGGAAUCGCGUCAGCGGGUUUCUCUGUGGCGCGUCGCAGAGACCUCUCACCCCCGUCUCCUCGGUCGUUGUUGCAACAAACAGAUGCGGCCGAUGUGUGUGAGAGACACGCCAGCGCAAAAAACGCUUUCCUUUCUUUCCCCAUGACAACGUCGCUUAUCGAUAUUUCAUUUUUUUUCAAUUUCGGAGCCACAUCAGCGCAAGUGGGACGCGCGUCUUGUCACGAAAUCCUACUGUAGCUGUGUAUAAUUCUCUCCGCCUCCCCCUCUUGCCGUUCUCUGCGUUGCCGGCGCCGACUCCGUUGUUUAUUGCAGGUCUGUAUCUCGGAGUUUCGAGCGUAUUCAAAUGCGGUCAUCGACUAUGUUCAACCGACGCCGUCGACGUGUGACAUUAGACGACUAUGCUUGUGACGAAGUGGUUAGUUAAUAAUUUUUCGGAGCGAAACAUAAUUAGUCGCUGCAGGUGCCAGUAGAGGACCUCUCUCUGUCGUUCAAAGAGAUUCCCCGUCCGGAUCACUCUAUGACACAUAUGGAGCUCUGCACUUUCGAUGACUUCGCCACAACGCUUGUCGUCGACUCGGUGCUCAGAUCUACGACGCACAAGAUGUUUGGGAGGUAUUAAGAGAUGACCUCGCGAGCCUUUUUGGCCAAUCGAUUGUUUUCCAGAAGGCGUUAUGUGUACGACGAUGAGCGUAGCACAGCUCGCACCGUUAUGAGAGAAUUCCGAGAUGACCAAGAUUGGCAUAAAGCCCUUUUUGGCAUCCUCAAGCUGCGGAGCGUACGAUCACUUCUCGCCAGUAUGCCGCCAAUUAAGCACUGCGAUUUCCGCGACCAUGUAAGUCAGCUGCUUUAUUUUGCUCCCGCUCACCUGCUGUUAUUCAGAUUGUUCGCUUUCUGAACAUGUUCCACUGUGAAUCAGGGUUUACCAUAAAAGAAUGCUAUCGUUAUGCCGCGGAGAAACACGAAGGGGCAAAGCUGGUCGCCACGCGCGCCUGGUAUCGUGGCGACAAGAUCGAACGUUUGAGCGGAGUUUUGUGCAGUCUUUCCGGAGCUCAGGAGAAAUCUCUUCUCAUCAACGGAGUCAACGACUUCUCCGUCAUGUACAGCACACGAAAGCGCUGCGCCACUCUCUGGCUCGGACCGGGAGCUUACAUAAACCACGACUGCAAGCCGACUUGCGAGUUCGUGUCGCAUGGACGCACUGCUCACAUAAGAGUAAGAGGAACUCGCAUUAUUUAUUAUUAAAAACAAAACAUUCAGGUUCUUCGUGAUAUGAAUCCAGGAGACGAGAUCACUUGCUACUACGGAGAAGAGUUCUUCGGAACAAACAACGAGUUUUGCGAGUGCCUCACUUGCGAGAAGAUGAAGCGCGGAGUUUUCAGCUCUCUCGCGAGCGACACCGAGGUCCCGCCAGUUGAUCGUACUGGAUAUAGACUCCGAUCGCAGUCCUAA